ACACUAAACUCUUUGUUCAUCAAAUAUGUUUUCUGAAGACCUUUUGAUCGAAAUUCUCUCAAGAUUGCCUGUGAAAUCUCUAGCAAUAUUUCUAUGUGUAUCCAAGCUUUGGGCUUCAAUCAUCCGCAGUCGACAUUUCAUUAGCGCAUACCAAUCUCGAUCCUCUACUCGUCAGCCACGUGUCAUGGUUGGUUUACCUGAUUUAUUCACAUCUUCUCAUUGGCAUUUCAUCUCUUCAUCCCCACCUUCUUCGGUAACCAAUGCAAUAUGUUGCAUCGAUAAUACCUCUUAUUCGCCUUAUUGUGUCAAUGGCUUGAUAUGUAUCGCAUACAUGGAUCAAUUGUGGAUAUGCAAUCCUGCCCUUGGAAAGGGCGAACUUUUGCCCCAAGGCCCUCAAUCUAGUCUUGAUAAACCGUUCAAGACAUGGUAUAUGGGAUAUGAUCCUAUCAAUUAUCAAUAUAAGGUCUUGUUUUUCUCAACAGAAUGUUUAGUAUGUCCAUACAAAGUGGAAGUGUUUACAUUGGGAGGUCAAGGUUCAUGGAAAAUGAUCGAGGAUGGGAAUAGUCAUUCUCCCGUAACCAGCGGAAUAUGCAUCAAUGGAGUUGUUUAUUACGGUGCUCACACGGCGCAUGGACCGAGAAUAGUGAGGUUCUACGUGGCGACCGAAAAGUUUGGUAAUUUUAUUGAAUUACCGACCGAUGCUAGUAAUAUGUAUGUUACGUUCUUUGGUAUCUCUACCUUUGUGAACUACCAAGGGAAACUAGCUUUACUUGCUAAAAGAAAUAUUAGCAUGUAUGAUUUAUGGGUUUUGGAAGAUGUGUCCGGGAAACAAGAAUGGUCUAUGGUUUCUAUCAAUAUUAGUCGAGAGAUGUGCUCGCAUGAUCAGCUUGUGUCGCUAGGUGCGGUGGGUUUUGUUGCUGGUAGUGGUGAGCUUAUAGUUACAGCACGUGAUCGAUUUUUUCAGCUUUAUCUUAUCUAUGUUGAUAUCGAGAAGAAACGUUCAAGGGAAGUUUGGUUAGGAGGACUCAAAUGCGCAACAUAUGGACCAUCUUUGAUUGCUUUCACGGAUUAUGUUGAAAGUAUUAUGUUAUUGUCAUAAGAACAAGAAGAGUGAUCUUGAUGUUACAUGAUCACAUGAGUGAAGGGAUUCUUCUUUCGUUUAAUUUUGCUCAGUUUUUUUUCUUUUUCUGAAUAAUGUUUGGUCAGUGUUUAAAAACAAAAUAUUGUUUAAAUGUUGGUCAGUCUUGUCCUAAUGAAUCCUUUGUAAGACCUCUAAUGUAAUAAUAUAUGAUAAUU